AUGGAAGAGACAGACCUGGAGGAGACAGAACUGGAAGAGACAGAACUGGAAGAGACAGAACUAGAAGAAACAGAAAUGGAAGAGACAGAACUGGAAGAGAUAGAACUGGAAGAGAUAGAACUGGAAGAGACAGAACUGGAAGAGAUAGAACUGGAAGAAACAGAACUGGAAGAGACAGAACUAGAAGAAACAGAAAUGGAAGAGACAGAACUGGAAGAGAUAAAACUGGAAGAGAUAGAACUGGAAGAGACAGAACUAGAAGAAACAGAAAUGGAAGAGACAGAACUGGAAGAGAUAGAACUGGAAGAGAUAGAACUGGAAGAGACAGAACUGGAAGAGAUAGAACUGGAAGAGAUAGAACUGGAAGAGAUAGAACUGGAGGAGACAGAACUAGAAGGGACAGAACUGGAAGAGACAGAACAGGAAGAGACAGAACUGGAAGAGACAGAACUAGAAGAAACAGAAAUGGAAGAGACAGAACUGGAAGGGACAGAACUAGAAGGGACAGAACUGGAUGAGACAGAACUGGAGGAGACAGAACUGGAGGAGACAGAACUGGAGGAGACAGAACUAGAAGAGACAGAACUGGAAGAGACAGAACUGGAAGAGAUAGAACUGGAAGAGACAGAACUGGAAGAGACAGAACUGGAAGAGAUAGAACUGGAAGAGACAGAACUGGAGGAGACAGAACUGGAGGAGACAGAACUGGAAGAGACAGAACUGGAAGAGACAGAACUGGAAGAGACAGAACUGGAAGAGACAGAACUGGAGGAGACAGAACUGGAGGAGACAGAACUUGAGGAGACAGAACUGGAAGAGACAGAACAGGAAGAAACAGAACUAGAAGGGACAGAACUGGAAAAUACAGAACUGGAAGAGAAAGAACUGAAGGAGACAGGACUGGAAGAGACAGAAUUGGAAGAGACAGAACUGGAAGGGACAGAACUGGAGGAGACAGAACUGGAAGAGACAGAACUGGAGGAGACAGAACUGGAAGAGACAGAACUGGAAGAGACAGAACUGGAAGAGACAGAACUGGAAACAGAACUGGAAGGGACAGAACUGGAAGAGACAGAACUGGAGGAGACAGAACUGGAAGAGACAGAACUGGAAGGGACAAAACUGGAAGAGACAGAACUGGAAGAAACAGAACUGGAAGGGAAACUGGAGGAGACAGAACUGGAGGAGACAGAACUGGAAGAGACAGAACUGGAAGAGACAGAACUGGAGGAGACAGAACUGAAAGAGACAGAACUGGAAGAGACAGAACUGGAGGAGACAGAACUGGAGGAGACAGAACUGGAAGAGACAGAACUGGAAGAGACAGAACUGGAAGAGACAGAACUGGAAGAGACAGAACUGGAGGAGACAGAACUGGAGGAGACAGAACUUGAGGAGACAGAACUGGAAGAGACAGAACAGGAAGAAACAGAACUAGAAGGGACAGAACUGGAAAAUACAGAACUGGAAGAGAAAGAACUGAAGGAGACAGGACUGGAAGAGACAGAAUUGGAAGAGACAGAACUGGAAGGGACAGAACUGGAGGAGACAGAACUGGAAGAGACAGAACUGGAAGAGACAGAACUGGAAGAGACAGAACUAGAAGAGACAGAACUGGAGGAGACAGAACUGGGAGAGACAGAACUGGAAGGGACAGAACUGGAAGAGACAGAACUGGAAAAGACAGAACUGAAAGGGACAGAACUGGAAGAGACAGAACUGGAAGAGACAGAACUGGAAGAGACAGAACUGGAAGGGACAGAACUAGAAGGGACAGAACAGGAAGAGACAUAA